AUGGAGCUCUCUCUGGCCAAUAUAUUCUUGAAGAUUAUGAGCAUCGCUGGAUUAAUCUCUGCACUGACCCUUGUCACAGUGUGCCACCUGCUGCCUAGGGCAAAACUAUCCAGGAUCAUGAUAUGGUGAGUGUAUCUCUAGGAGGGUAUAUGGAAUGAUUUCCAUGUCUUAGGUUUAGGUUAGGUUUAUGACAUUUGCACCUUCUCAGCUAGCAGAAGCUCUGGGAUUAACCCUCCAUAUGGGGUAGAUCCACAAGUACAUAUUUGUAACUAAGUCUGCCUUCAGGGAUAUAACGGUGAACUGAUGCGAGUAAACUUCUUUUCUUGACUUUAAAUAAGAUUGCCAUGUCUUUAUUCUUUUAAGAGGGAUAAAAGGGAACUUAUGAGGAACAUACAAUCCAAUACUGAAUUGUAUGAUAGUGAGAGUCUUACACAAGCCUGCAACCAGCUAUCUGCUGUGCAUGUAAAAGGGGAAUGUAAACUCUGCUAUGUGAAGGAACUUGCUAACGAAAGUUAGCAAGGAUAUUAAUAAACAAUAUAUCUUCUCCUGCGUCCCUGAACAUUCUCACAAAAGAAGUCCCAAAUGGAUUUACAAUGAGGAUAAAAGACAAAAAUAAAAAAUACAUCAACAUAGAAUAGAAACAGCCAAUCACUGCCCAAAUGCCCAGGAAAACAACUGGUUUGACGGCUGGGCUGAAUUAUACCCAUUUCGCAGAUGGGCAAUCCGAUGCAAGCAGCAGAGCCGCAGAAAUCCUAAAGCCCCUACUUUAAUUGGAAGCCACUGCAAAAACAUCCCUCCAGAUGAAAAUACUUUGUCCGUUCAUUUUGCUUCUCUUUCUGCUUUUAGGUACAAACGUCAGAAAAGGGGUGUGGCAGUGAAUUAUGUUGAGCACGAGGGCUACAGGUUCUGCUACUUCUGCCGAGGGGAACCCGGACUCCAGCCAUCUGUGCUGAUUCUUCAUGGAUUGGCUUUCAACAAGGACAUAUGGUUAAAUACAAUCAAAGUAUGUUUCUGCCCUUCUAUUCAGGCAACCACGGUUGCCAAAUCAAGGCUAGUGCAAGACAUAUUGUGCUGGGGGGCAGGGGAGUCCUGUACUUCUCCACAAUUGUGAUUUGUUUCAGUUGGGCUAGUGUGGGAGAUCAUUCCACCCAGUGCAUUGUGCUAGAGGACAGGGCUAAAUUAACCCUACGGCUUAAUAGGAGCUGUCUACUCCCCUAUUUUGCCACUAUUUAAUGGCCUCCCGCUCAGGACUCUGUGCAACAUUUAUACACUUAUACUGGAGAAACAUCAGGGUGUUCUUUGACAACAAAGAACAUCAGCUAUUAUUGCUUUGAUUCCUUGGCGUCAUCGCUGAUUUGACAACCUUUCCCAGUUCCUUCCGAAGGACCUCCACCUGGUCUGCCUUGACAUGCCUGGUCACGGUGAAACCACAUGUUUGCUGAGAGACAGUUACGUGGCGGUUGAUCAAGCUAAAAAGAUACACCAGGUACGGUCCAGCUGUCCUCAGGUGUGCCUUGAAACCUGGGAAGUGAGAGGUUGUGAGAAGAUGGCCUCUUUUUGUGUGGUGUGGUGGUGGUGUGAGGGAGAGAUGUUCCCUGACCAAAAAGGAAGCAUUGCAGUUGACUGUGGUUACUGAAAGGUAAAGGUAAAGGGACCCCUGACCAUUAGGUCCAGUCGUGGACGACUCUGGGGUUGCGGCGCUCAUCUCGCUUUAUUGGCCGAGGGAGCCAGCGUACAGCUUCCGGGUCAUGUGGCCAGCAUGACUAAGCCUCUUCUGGCGAACCAGAGCAGCACAUGGAAACGCCGUUUACCUUCCCGCCAGAGUGGUACCUAUUUAUCUACUUGCACUUUGACGUGCUUUCAAACUGCUAGGUUGGCAGGAGCAGAGACCAAGCAGCAGGAGCUCACCCCGUCGCAGGGAUUCUAACCGCCGAACUUCCAAUCGGCAAGCCCUAGGCUCUGUGGUUUAGACCACAGCGCCACCCACGUCCCUAGAGUACAAACCAGGUCUGUUGAGCAGCUUUGGCUGGCAGGGCAGUGGGGUGGGACUGCGCUGAUGACCUGGCGUCUUAACCCCCACCCAACUGUCAGUGGCACUUGCCAAGGAUGGGAGUGGUGAGUUUGGCCACUUUGAGAACAAGAUACUGGGCUAGAUGGGUCAUUUGCCUGAUUGCUCUUCUUAUGGUCUUCUCCAGAAGUUCUUACAGAGACCUGGGACUUUCUUGGAAAAUGUCCCAAAACCAGAACCUCUCAGCAAUACAACCUCUCUUCGUUCACGUUUCAGUUUGUUGAGUGCAUUGGUCUGAACCAAAAGCCUUUCCACCUGGUUGGCAUGUCCAUGGGCGGAAUGAUUGCUGGCGUUUACGCAGCUCAGUAUCCAUCUGAGGUAUCCGGCUUGUCCCUCCUUUGCCCACUUGGUGAGUAGAUUUUCCAGGGAGAUCUGAAGCCGGUUAACUCUGAAUAAAGAAGACAUGAUAAUAUGUCUGAGAAUAACAAGGGAGGAGGGGGUUGUCACUAUGGGUUGUAGCCAAUACUAGUCCUUCUCAGAGCGGAUUCAUUGAAAUAAAUGAACUCAGGACUCCCAAAUUCAGUGGGUCUGCUCUGAGUAGGAUCUAACCUCCCUAGUGCUAAGCUACCAUUCCGUAGCAUGUUCCAGAACGUGAAUGAACAGGGAUGAUCGCAGAUCCAUGAUUAUAAACACCUUGGACAGGCCACCUUUCUGUCCUCACAUACCCUCACUUAGUCCCAGCAUGUGCAUAACCUCCUCAGUUGUCAAUCAUGCCAACACAACCCUGACAAGCGGCAGGUCGGAAUCCCAUAUUUUGGAAUUGGUUUGCCGCUAUAUUCCUUCUCUCAGCUGUGCACUCUCUGCCAACUCUUAGGGCUGCGAUAUCCGGACGAUAAUAACAACGCCUUCAAGCGCCUGAGGGAGCAAUCGAUUAAGUCGCAUGAUGUCUUCAAACUUGGCUUAUAUCAUCCCAGCACAAAAAACAUGCAGGUGAAGAAGGCAGCUGUCCAAAGACGGUAGUGCUCUGGGCCCAGGGAUGUUGCUUAAAAGAAUUCAGCUAACUUUGACUCAUGGUAGACCAGAUGUGGUGAACCUUUGGCCUUCCAGAUGUUGCUGAACUACAGCUGCCCUCAUUCCUGUUCAUUCACCAUGCUUCUUGAAGCUGAUGGGAGCUGUAGUUCGACAACACCUGGAAGAAGAAGAAGAAGAAGAAGAGGAGGAGUUUGGAUUUGAUAUCCCGCCUUUCACUCCCUUUAAGGAGUCUCAAAGCGGCUAACAUUCUCCUUUCCCUUCCUCCCCCACAACAAACACUCGGUGAGGUGAGUGGGGCUGAGAGACUUCAAAGAAGUGUGACUGGCCCAAGGUCACCCAGCAGCUGCAUGUGGAGGAGCGGGGAAGCGAACCCGGUUCACCAGAUUACGAGUCCACCGCUCUUAACCACUACACCACACUGGCUCUCUUUGGAGGGCCAAAGGUUCAUUAUGUCUGUCCUUGACCCACUAAAGUUAAUAGCCACGACUAACUUAGGUCCAUUAAUUUCAGUGGGUCUCCUCUGAAUAAAACUUAGUUGAGUACAACCCCAAAUGCUUACAUUUGCUGUAUGCUCUUGAAAUAUGGAAAUAAUGCAGCCCAUCCCUUCAGGGCUUGCGAUCUGAAGAAACAGAGGGCACAUGAGGGAAUCACUGCCACUGAGGCCCUGGCUGAAGAGGAUGGGAAUGGCUUAGAGGCUCAGGGGAAAGAGAUUGGGGUAGGGAGCUGGUGUACACCAGCCCCAAGCAGCUGUGCCUGAAGGAACCACUUUAUAUGAACCAAAACAAGGAGAUUAUCACCCCUCCCUUUGCCUACGUCAUGGGUAGGCAAACUAAGGUCUGGGGAGCCGGAGCCGGCCCAAUCGCCUUCUAAAUCCAGCCCACGGACGGUCCGGGAAUCAGCGUGCUUUUACAUGAGUAGAAUGUGCCCUUUUAUUUAAAAUGUAUCUCUGGGUUAUUUGUGGGGCCUGCCUGGUGUUUUUACAUGAGUAGAAUGUGUGCUUUUAUUUAAAAUGCAUCUCGGGGUUAUUUGUGGGGCAUAGGAAUUCGUUCAUUUUUUAAAAAAAUUCAAAAUAUAGUCCGGCCCCCCACAAGGUCUGAGAGACAGUGGACUAGCCUCCUGCUGAAAAAGUUUGCUGACCCCUGGCCUACAUUGAUGGAACUGCUACGUCCUGUUGCAUGAUGGGGUCCUAACUGCCUUGCACUUCCUGUGAAUAACUCACCUCUUUUUCCCCUCUCCUUAGCUGCUAAAGGGAUAUGUUGCCGACUGGAGACAACAGAAUGCUUUUUUGGUAAAAUGUAAGUACGAUAGCAAUAAUAUUAGUGUUGUCGUUGCUGUUUAUUACCUGCCCUUCACAUUCUGAGGCUCCAGGGUGGGGUAGAGCAUGAGACUCUUAAAUCUCAAGGUCGUGGGUUCAAGCCCCACAUUGGGCAAAAUAUUCCUGCAUUGCAGGGGGUUGGACUAGAUGAUCCUCGUGAUCCCUUCCAACUCUAUGAUUCUAAUUCAAAACACAACAGUAAAAACGGUUUAGGAGCUACUUAAAUUCACAAGCAGGUUGGGCCCUAAAAAUAUACAUUUCAAGUUUCAAAGGCUAUGGUAAAAGCAUGUGUCUUCAGCAACUGCCAAAAUCUGUCUAGUGAACCCAUUUGAAAUGCAACAGUAGGAAUGAUGCCUUCCUGAAAAAUCUUCACUCUACCUUUUUGGUUUUUGUUCCAAAGGUUUUUUAGAUCUUUCCAACCCAAAGUCCAAGUACAGCCUUCAUGACAAUAUGAGCAAUAUUAGCGCUCCCACACAGGUCCUUUGGGGAAAGGAUGACCAGGUAAAUGCUUUAUAUUCACGUGGCUUCUAUAGCUAUAAUUGUAACAAAACAAAAAAAUCCAUUGUUUGGAUUCCAUAGUAGGGCUUGCCUACCUAUGAGGCAAGUUGAGGCAAUUGCCUCAGGCGGCAGGAUCCACAGGGGCAGCAGAUUGGAGGCAUUGCUGGUCUCCUCCCAUCCCUAGGGAGAAAAUGGUGUGGGCUGCCCUCUGUGGUCUCCUGGGCUCUGCACCCAUUAAUUAAGCCGUCAUGUGCUGUUGUCUGUGCAUGUGCAUGUGCAUGUCUAAAAUGUACACACUAAAUUGCAGCUAGGAAGCCAACAAUACUGACUCUUUUCUUGAAAUUAAAACAAUGUCCAAAAUAUUCAAAAAAAGUUUACUUGCAGCACAUAUGGCUAAAGAGGAAUAUAUGCAAAGUAUUUACAUUCAGCUGCUUAUCCAAGCAUGGGCUUAGUUCUUCUUAGCUGAAGAUUGCAGCUUCUUCCUUAAACAUUCAAACAAGCUGUGUCUUCCUCUCUUUCCAGCGCUUGCACUCAGCCUUUUGCACACUGCCCAACUAAGCCAUGCAGUUCCUUCUGAGAGGUUUCCGCUUUCUCCUCCCAGCAAACUUCUCUCUACUGCUUCUUUGGGAGAACAUCAACUUCUGUACUUUUCUCUGUCACAUGCAUUCACACAGAAGCAUUGGCACCGCUCUCCUCUAUUGCAUUUGGAGAGAGAGUUAUCUAAGGCUGUCUCUUCUUCGGUGCUCAUGGAGAUGCAGCCAUUACACUCAAGUCCCCCCCACACAAAACAAAAUGGAGAAUGUAAUAAGAUACCUCCCGUGUGACCAGAGUUAACCAAUCACACGAGAGUUACUGGGGAACAUUCCAGAAUUAAACAUACAACAAAACACACAUUUAAACAUUCCCAAUUAAAUCACUAUGCUUAACAAGCUUAACUCUUACAGUGGUGCCUCGCAAGACGAAAAGAAUCCGUUCAGCGAGUCUCUUCGUCUUGCGGGUUUUUUCGUCUUGCGAAGCAAGCCCAUUAGAGGUUUAGCGGCUUAGCGCUACGCUUAGCCGGCUUAAAGAUCAGCUGAUAAGCGGCUUAAAGAUCAGCUGAUAAGCGGCUUAGCAUCAGCUGUUAAGCGGCUUAAAGAUCAGCUGAUAAGCGGCUUAGCCAUCAGCUGAUAAGCGGUUUAGCGGCUUGGGAAAAAGGGGGGGAAGGAAAAAAACCCCGCAGGAACUCGCAAGACAUUUUCGUCUUGCGAAGCAAGCACAUAGGAAAUUCGUUUUGCGAAGCACCUCCAAAACGGAAAACCCUUUCAUCUAGCGGGUUUUCCGUCUUGCGAGGCAUUCGUCUUGCGGGGCACCACUGUACUUACAUUUUCAAAUUGGAGGGAAGCUGGUUUGAGGGGAAACAGCAGUGUAUCUCAAGAAACUGAAGGGCACAGAUAAAUUGGGCUGAGCGCUACAUGUAGUUUUUUGUUGUUUCGAAAAAGAACUCCAAAGCGGCUUACAGCAAUAAAAUAUGCAGACAACAAAACCCGAAUCCACAAAAUGCAUUAAGCAACUACCAAAAACAGCAACGUUAUAAAAUCCAACCAGUUUUAAAAUUUAACAACAGGAGGAAUUCAGUGUUUCAUUAUGGCAAUUGUGCUGUCAGUGCAAGCAUUUCAGCUUGUCAGACUGAAUGAUUCCCACUCUCCUCCUCCAUGUUGCUAUGGGGGUUCUCCUGCGGGGGUUGGGGCACAAGGGGAGGGGGGCGGAAGCCCUGUUGCUCUAGCAGAAGUACAUGCAGGGGCUUCCACUAGUUAGUAGGACUCAUUGAUCGACUCCUACCUCAAACAGCAGCUCAUAACCAGACUCUUGCAACAACAAAAAAAGUCAAAGCACUUUGCAAGAUGUGAAUAGCAAUGGGAGGAAAAACACCGAUUCUUUGUUGUUUAGGUGGCUGACUCGUCUGGCGCAGAAAUUUUAGCCCACGCCAUUCCCAACUCCCAGGUGCAUAUGCUGGAGAGAUGUGGACACAUCAUAGCAUUUGAGAGGCCCAGGAAAUCUGCAAAGCUCCUCUUGGAAUUCUACAAUUCAGUUUGCGACAAAGCGGAGAAUAAGAAGUUGGCAUAA